CUUCACAGCGUGUACUCUGUAGCGCAUGACAUGACGCGCAGCAGCAAGAGGGCAUAAAGUCAGGCACGGGGGGGACGGAGGACUGUCGAAGACCUCUGUCCUCUCACGCUGGCGGCUAUGUCUCUGGAGGAGCCACUCGAUAUAAAUCCAGAGGACGGCAGGGUUUUGGUUCUGAAUGUUUCCAGAGUGUUUUGGGACUCCACGGGGGAGCAGCACCACUACAACAUCUGGCUCCCCGGGAUCGGGAUCGCUGUUGUCUACGGGAUUAUCAUUGCCGUGGGCCUGGUGGGAAAUGUCACUUUGAUGAAGACGUGUCUGUCAGUGAAGUCUAUGCGGACGGUGCCCAACAUGUUCCUGUCCAGUCUGGCUCUGGGGGACCUGCUGCUGCUGGUGACCUGCGCCCCGGUGGACGCCAGCCGGUACCUGGUGGACGAGUGGCUCUUCGGGCGCGUUGGAUGCAAGCUGAUCCCGUUCAUCCAGCUCACGUCGGUGGGAGUGUCGGUGUUCACGCUCACAGCUCUGUCCGCUGACCGGUACAAAGCUAUUGUGAAACCGCUGGACAUCCACACGUCCAGUGCAAGACUCAGCGUCUGUUUUCAAGCGGGGGCGAUCUGGCUGCUCUCUGUGACGCUGGCGAUUCCUGAAGCCGUCUUCUCCGACCUGCACACCUUCAAAACCAGCCACACCAAUGAGACAUUUGUGACGUGUGCGCCCUACCCCCAUGCCGGGGAGCUUCACCCGAAAAUCCACUCCACCGCCUCCCUCCUCAUCUUCUACAUCAUCCCACUCUUCAUCAUAUCUGUGUACUACUGCUUCAUCGCUCGCAGCCUGGUCAGGAGCUCUGUGGACAUCCCUGCUGAAGGACACCUGCACCUCCAGAGACAGAUCAAGUCCAGAAAACGUCUGGCCAAAACUGUACUGGUGUUUGUCGGCUUGUUUGCCGUCUGCUGGCUGCCCAGUCAUGUGAUCUACCUGUACCGCUCCUACCACUACGACCAGGUGGACACGUCACUGGGCCACUUCAUCGCCAGCGUGUGUGCUCGCAUUUUGGCCUUCACCAACUCCUGUGUGAACCCGUUUGCUCUCUACUUGAUGAGCAAAAGCUUCAGCAAACACUUCAAAAAGCAGCUCCUGUGCUGCACUCCUCCCAGACGGCUGUACAGUCAGAACAGUGGGAGUACAAACAUAACCACGGUCUGAAAGGAUGGAUGUCUAGCACCUGUGCUGCAGCAGGACUGGAGGCCACACUAAUUUCAGCGGACCACACGUUUUAUUCCGACACUUGUGUAAUCAUUCAUACUUGUUGUCAAGUCGUAUCACUUCUGAAUUAUCUUGUACUAGCUGUCACCAUUUUUACAGAACACCUUGAGAUAAUCUUCAGCAAUUUUCUGCCGUCAAAUAUCCAGUCGAAAACAAAAAGUUUCAAAGUUUCUGUUUCUGCAACAUCUCAUCUCUGCCUUAAGACAAAAUGACAGCAGAACAGCAAUCACAUAGACGUAAAAUUGCUUGUUGCAAACACUGGUACAAAAAAUAUCUUUCCCUGUGUCUUGAGCUCAACGUGUGACGUCCUGUGACAAAUAAACAGAAGAAAAAACUCUGGAUCGUUGGUGAUUUCUCCCUUUGUUAUAAGUCUGUAUUUAACCAUGUAAAUGUAAAAUUAAAGUAUUUUUAU